GUGCAUGCACUUAUGCUCAACCGAGCGACAAGCUGGGUUCGAUGAGUCCGUGUGCACUACUACGACUUUUUCGUUUUCCUUCUCCAUCCUCUUUGUUUAUUUCCAAUUUCAACCCCUUAAAUAGAGCUUCCAUCAACACACUCUCCACUCGAAAGCAGUUCCGGAGCUACAACAAAACCAUGACUUCAUCGAUGUCUUCUUCACCAAACACCACCAAUGACCCCCCACAACUUUCAGACCAGCUCCCCAAAAUCACUGCCCCUUACGGCUCCUGGAGCUCUCCAAUUACUGCCGACGUUGUUACUGGCGCCUCCAAGCGACUUGGUGGCACUGCCGUCACCGCCAAUGGCCACCUUAUCUGGCUCGAAUCACGCCCCACCGAGUCCGGGAGGGGAGUGCUUGUUAAGGAAUCUGUAAAGGAAGGGGACGAGCCUUGUGAUAUUACUCCGAAGGAGUUUUCAGUGCGGAACACAACGCAGGAAUACGGUGGUGGUGCGUUCACGGUGGCUGGUGACAUCGUUGUCUUUUCCAAUUACAGCGAUCAAAGACUUUACAAGCAAUCUUUAAAUUCAGAUUUGUCUCCGCAAGCACUAACUCCCGAUUACGGUGGACGAUCAGUUAGUUAUGCAGAUGGGGUGUUUGAUUCUCGUUUCAAUCGUUUUAUUACCGUCCAAGAAGAUGGACGUCAAAGUAGCUUGAAUCCAAUCACCACAAUUGUGUCAGUGGAACUUGACGGCAAGGAUAUUAAUGAACCGAAGGUCUUAGUUGGAGGAAAUGAUUUCUAUGCCUUCCCACGAGUGGAUCCCAAAGGGGAACGGAUUGCAUGGAUUGAAUGGGGUCAUCCUAACAUGCCUUGGGAUAAAUCUGAGCUCUGGGUUGGCUACCUUUCUGAGAAUGGAGAGGUCUAUAAACGAGUCUGUGUUGCUGGUGGUGAUCCGAAGCUUGUGGAAUCUCCUACUGAACCAAAGUGGUCAGCUCAGGGAGAACUGUACUUUAUUACCGAUAGACAAACUGGGUUUUGGAAUCUCUAUAAAUGGUUUGAGGCUAACAAUGAAGUGGCUCCAAUAUAUUCUUUAAGUGCCGAAUUUUCCCGACCCUUAUGGGUUUUUGGCACAAACUCUUAUGAUUUAUUAAAGACUGGCGAUGGAAGAAACAUCAUAGUCUGCAGCUACAGACAGCGGGGGCGAUCAUAUCUUGGAGUUUUGGAUGAGACGCAAAGCUCACUAUCCUUGCUUGAUAUCCCAUUCACAGAUAUUGAGAAUAUUGCUCUGGGAAGUGAUUGUAUAUAUGUUGAAGGAUCAUCAGGACUUCAUCCAUCAUCUAUUGCCAAGGUUACCCUAAAUGAACGAUCCUUGGAAGUAGUAGGCUUCACUAUUAUCUGGUCAUCUUCACCAGAUAUUUUGAAAUUUAAGUCGUACUUCAGCCUUCCUGAGUUCAUUGAGUUUCCAACUGAAGUUCCUGGACAAAAUGCUUAUGCUUACUUUUAUCCACCGUCCAACCCUAAAUAUCAGGCUAGUCCGAAUGAAAAGCCUCCACUGUUGUUGAAAAGCCAUGGAGGGCCAACUGCUGAAACACGUGGAAAUUUAAAUCCUAGUAUUCAGUACUGGACUAGUCGUGGCUGGGGUUAUGUUGAUGUCAAUUAUGGUGGCAGCACGGGUUAUGGGAGAGAGUACCGAGAAAGGCUUUUGAGGCAGUGGGGAAUUGUUGAUGUCAAUGACUGCUGCAGUUGUGCAAGAUUUUUGGUGGAAUCUGGAAAGGUUGAUGGAGAACAGUUAUGCAUCACUGGGGGAUCUGCUGGGGGAUAUACCACCUUAGCUGCUCUUGCUUUUAGAGAUACAUUUAAGGCUGGAGCUUCCUUGUAUGGGAUAGCUGACUUACGCUUGUUGAGAGCAGAUACACACAAGUUUGAAUCUCAUUAUAUUGACAAUCUUGUUGGGAAUGAAAAAGAUUACUUCGACAGGUCACCAAUCAAUUUUGUUGACAAAUUUUCUUGCCCUAUAAUUCUCUUCCAAGGAUUGGAGGACAAAGUCGUACUGCCUAAUCAAUCGCGUAAGAUAUAUAAUGCAUUGAAGGAAAAAGGCUUGCCUGUUGCGCUAGUUGAGUAUGAAGGAGAGCAACAUGGUUUCCGCAAGGCAGAGAAUAUUAAAUUUACCCUGGAACAACAAAUGAUGUUCUUCGCACGAACAGUAGGACGUUUCCAAGUUGCAGACGCUAUUAACCCGCUCAAAAUCGACAACUUUGACUAAGGAUCUAACAUGCUGGCUAGUUGGGAGUCAUAUGAAUUCAUUUGGAUUGUGUUGGGCCUGUUGGCUUUCUUGCUCCAAGUCCAUUUAUAUACUCUGAUGUAGAAGUUUGGAGUUGCUUCAAACCACGAUGAAUGUCUUUGAUGGGUUUGAUUGCUUUAUCUACAAUCUUUUGAAGGAUAAUUUUAUUGAAUAAAAACAUUUCAUUAUAUUUACAAUUUUAUUAACUGUAAUCUUUUUUUAAUUAAAUACAUAAUACAUUGAUAAGUAAAGGUAUUAUUCUACUUGUCCCAUCU